UUAUACUAUUCCGAAUAAUUAAUAAUAGUCCUUGUAGCAAUGUCUUUCCUAAGAGUUACCUCUACUACUUGUUUGCUAAGCUUUGCUCUCCUCCUGCAAACUGCAAUCGGAGUCACUGAUCCCCUCUUCCAUUCUUGUUCAAACGAAAAUUUCACUGCCAAUGGCCCCUAUGCGACAAACCUCAACAAGCUCAUGGGUUAUAUCUACCACCAAGCUCCUCCCACAGGUUUUGGUCUUGGUUCAAUAGGGCAGGACCCCAACAAAGCACAUGGACUUGCUCUUUGUAGAGGCGAUGUUUCCUCUUCAGAUUGUAAAAGCUGUAUCACAGAAGCAAGCAGGCAGAUUCACCAGAGCUGCCCAUACAGCAAGGGUGCACAGAUAUGGUACGACGAAUGUCUUUUGAAGUACUCAGAUGAACAAUUCUUUGGCCAAAUUGACAAUGGAAGCAAGUUGAUUAUGUGGAACGCCAAGAAUGUGAGCAACCCGGUAACAUUCAAUCAGAAGUCUAAGGAGUUGUUGAGCCAACUUGCUAAGGAAGCUUCUGUAAAACCAAAAAUGUACGCAGCCGGAGAAUUGGAGCUGGGAUAUAACAAUACUAUGAAGCUUUACGGUUUAGCUCAAUGCACCAGAGACCUUUCUCAUAGUAAUUGCAAGAUAUGUCUUGAUGGUAUUAUUGCUGAUCUUCCAAAUUGUUGUGAUGGAAAAGAAGGAGGGAGGGUCAUUACUGGAAGCUGCAUUAUAAGAUACGAGAUUUACCCAUUCCUUUCUGAUUAAGUUCUAGAAUUUUGGAGGGUUAGGGAUCACCCGCCCUAAUUAUGGAUAAUACAGCCUUAUAAUUCUCGUUUGUUGCAUCUGUU